AUGACACAAAGACAAGUUGUGCUUGAUACCUGCAUGGUGAUCGACAUCAUGGAGGCUGACAUCUUUGCCCAGAAGAUGCGCAGACGGCUCCGUGGCAAGUCGAUCAGGUUCGUGCUGACCGACGUGGUGUGCCGCGAGGCAAAGAAGGCUCGCGGGUUUGACGUGCACAGCAUAUCCGCAAGGAUUCAGAGACUCCUUGGGCGGGAGGUGGACGUGAUCUCAAUAGAGGAACGGCACAUCGCCGAGGCAGAGCGCUUGAGCUCCAGGUACCACAUGUGCCACCACGGCGACAACCGUAUCCUGGCAUUCUGCCGUGAGAGGAGCCUCCCCCUUGUGACGCGGGACGAAGAUCUUCACCGCGUGUCCCAGUGGGUCGGGGUCGCAUCGUUCCGCCCGUCAGAGGUAGGGGGUAUCUGAGAUGUCCAAGGGAUUCUUCCCGCGCAUAAUACGAGAGUUUGACGACGACGAAGACCCC